AGCCAUUGAUUAUAGAACUUGAUGAUUAUAGUUUAGGAGAAUUAAAAUGAUUAUUCUUGAUGAUUUAGGCGGCGGAAUAGAAUUCGAAAGGGGUAAUGCCAACAGCAAGAAAGAUGAGAAGGCGGCGAAAUGGUUUCCUAGCAAGAUGACAAUACCAAUAAAAUAUCGAACACAACCUUCGGAAGCUCAUCCCCACUCGAAAAUGGGUACUAAAGAUUGGAUUGGCUUUACUCUAAUCGCUUCAUCAAGACAAAUUUGACUAGAUAUUUUUUUUGUCCUCGAUUUUGACUUCUUUUGGAUAUGGCGAUGAUAAACCCAAAAAAGAUGUUAACUAGAUUGGUUGAUUUUGUUAUCGUUUGUGUUUUGAUGGUUCAUUCCAAAGUGUCCGGAAGUAUUUACACACAUAUGGAAAAAUUAGUCAAAAGAGGCAUUGUGAUGCUAAAGUAUCUUUUGUUUCUUCAACAAGACGGUUUUGGCCAUAAUGAAUCGAUCUGGGAAAGCAUUGGCCAUGUGACCAAAACUAUCCGAAUCCAAAUCCAAAUCGCUUGGUUCGACCUGUUUAUAAGAUUUAGACAAGAAGCUUAGAAGCGCAUGAAGCAAUUGAUAUAUUAUUCGUAACUCCAAUAAUAUUAUAGUCUGAAAUUUGAUAGAAGUGUUAAUUUCAACACCAGUUCAACCUGUUUACAUGCAUAUGUAUAUUUUAGUCAUAACUUGUAAAGUGAUUUACCUUAGAAACCUUAUUUAUUGCACUCUCCGAUUCGUGUAAGUUCUUUAUAAGCGUAAAAUGGACACAACAACAUCAUAAUAACCCCUUGACUAUAACGCAUGAAUCCUAUAUCUUGCAUAUCAUACACAUAAAUCGAGUUCUUCAUAUUGCUAAACAAACAAAAAUAAUAAUAAUUAAGCAUCAACAAUAUAUAUGAACUUGAUCUUAUCGACUUGUCUAUCGCUAACCCGUCGCUUAAUAAAAUUACAACUCUUCACAAAUGAAAAAUGAGUAGUCCACAUGUCAUUUUGAUUGAAAUCAAUAUAUAGUCACAUCAACUCAAACAAUUUCGUCAAAUUAGAAUAUCUCGAUUCCAAUCAUCUUCAACAUAUAUGAAAUGAGUGGACUCUUCACUCUUCAUCAAAACACAACAAAACCCCCAAUAAUCUUUCUUUCUUUCUUUCCCACCACACACCAAAAAACCACCGUCGCCAAUCAUCGGAAAAAGAUUUUCGUUAUGGGAGGAGCUUCACCGACGACGGCGAAGUUCCAUGACGGCAAGAAGGCGUAUGGAGCGGUGGUAAUAAUACAGCUUAUCUACGCCGGAUUGUUCCUCCUCUCCAAGGCGGCGCUCGACGGCGGCUUCAAAACUUCCAUCUUCGUCUUCUACCGGCAAACCUUCGCCACCGCCCUCGUCGUCCCUCUCGCCUUCUUCCUCGAAUGGAAGCACGCGCCGGCGCUCUCGCUGCCCACCUUCUGCAAGAUCUUCGUCCUCUCCCUCUUCGGGAUAACGUUGACAUUGAACGUCAAUGGGAUAGCUUUCAUCUAUACUUCAGCCACUUUGGGUGCUGCUAGUGUUAAUACUUUGCCAGCCAUUACGUUCUUCGUGGCGCUUCUAUUCGGGUAAUUAAUUAACUAAUUAAUUAAUAUUAAUUUUUUUUUUAAUUAAUCAUCUUUACCACUUCACCUAAAGUCGCUCAUAAAAAAUGAAGGUUAAUCUAUACUUCUUUACCACGUUCUACUCUCUUCUAUCAUUAACUAAUAAGGUAUAAGUCAUACA